CCGCUGAACAUUUAUUACGCCUUCGGUGACACAUUCUAUCAUUUUAAUUUCAGUUAGUUAUGAUCAUUGCGAAACAUGCGAGCGUUGUGGGUGUUUAAUUUGAUGUCGCUAAAUUUUCUCCCUUGGGAAAGUUAUGCUAUUCGAUGUUACCAGUGCGAUUCGAAAAGUUCGAACCAAUGUUUCAAUCCCAAUGAAUCGGUGUUCUGUAACCAGUCAUUUGUAGAAAAAACCCUAUCCUAUGCAAAUAGCAUUCACGAGAACUACACUGCAAUUUUUAAAUUUGACGAGUCUGAUCUUAGCGAGGACUUAAACUUUGCAUGCCUGAAGAUUUUGUCAAAAUAUGGGAAUAGAAAUGUCCUUUUUCGGGGAUGCCAAUUCGUGCCACAAGAACCUGUGGUAGAUAUUUGCAAGAGAGUGGAAAUAGCGAACGGCGACUAUCUGAAGAAUAUACACUGUUCACAUUGCGACACUGAUUUGUGUAACUCGGCACAUAAUUUUAUUAGUUGUUGGAAUUAUGCUUUCGACAUAAUUUUCACUGUAUUACUCCUUGUCUUAAAUUUUGGCUUGUUUAUUUGUUAAAUAUUUUUAAUCCAUAAAGCCAUCUGCAAAACAUAAAACUUUUCUAAAAAAUGCUCCGCCAUCAAAAGGCUCGCACAAAAAAAAGUAUAAUAACUUAAAAAAUAGAAUGAAUAAACACCUAAUGAAUUUGAUACCCCGCUCGUUCAAAAUAAUGAGGGAUCGCUUUUUGGGCUAACAUCAAAAGUCCUAAACAUAAUAGAAACGCGUGGCCAUUAACGUCUUUUGUAAUCCGCACCAAAACGUUCGAAGAAAAGCACAUAGCUUUUACGGAAGCUUCACUCGAAGGAAAUUUUUAAAUAGUUUUGGUUACUGGUUAUUCCCAAUUUAGAGAUUAUAGAAGGAAACUUGCCAAACGGAGCCAUACUAUUGAGUUGUUGGAAUGCAUCGUCGUUGGUGCUGGCGGGUCACGUCCACGCGCAUGUAGUUUGCGCCGGAUCAGCAGAUGUUUGAAUAAGCCAAAGUAAUUUUACCCGGGUAAACGUCAAAGCCUUUUCCGCAACGUUUUAUGCUUUUUGCUCUACGCCAUAUGGAACUGCCGAUAUGCAUUUAAUACCAGAUGUACAAAAUAGUUUCAUUAAUCUGCAGUGUACCUAGUACUUAGUCCGAACUCCUGUUUAAACGGUUGUAAUGUUUAGUUUUGGUUACUUUCAGGUAAAGACGUUCAUUUCUUCUUCCUCUUGUUCCUUUCACUUUAUUCUUAAGAUUGACAAUAGGCAAGUAUUUCACUUUUUGAAUUUUAAACUGUGAAAUAAUAUUGUUGAUGUGAAAAAUACAAUAUAAUUAUUUAUUAUUCCGUAAAUGUUCGUUUGCUGGGGUUCAAAUUGUGUCUUAAUAAUUACCGCAACGAAAAUCCAAAAAUAAUAAGGACUUAGAACUUUGUAUAAAUAUAUAAUAAAAGAACUAUGUUUUGGAAAUAUGCCAUUUCGUUCUAGAAAAUCUAGAAGCCAUUCUGCUGACGGGCUUUACAGUGCUGGAGAACAUAUUAAAUUCGUGUUGAUUAAUUCAUCAAUACAUUUGCAUGUGGCGAUAAUUCUGUGGUAAAGGGUGAAAUAAAUAUCAUUAAAUUCAGAUUUGUUGGACACUAUCAGCAGCUGCUUUGAGCAGCAUCAAUACAAAUAAAAUACAUUUUCUUAAAAAAUAAUUGCCACGAUUUAAUUUUUAUUGCAAUAAAAGAUAAGAAUCCACUAUGCUGUAGACAACUGCAUUUCGAUAUCGCUUUCCUUAACCUAUAAUCUCAGUAAAAGAAAUAAAGACUUGAAAUAUUUUUCAUAAUAUUUUCACUAUUAAAUGCUUUUAGCAACACAUAUAAAUUGGCUGUUAAAAUACCAAUACUAUAUUUAAAAUGUCACUAAACAAUUAAUAAUAUGUCCACGUGUGUCAAUCAUAAUAAGAUUGCAGCUAUUUUUAAUGCAUUUUGGGGGCCUUAUAUAUACCAACAGAAACAGUUAUGUUUCCAAUGUUUUGUAAAUAAACACGAAACAUAUUAAGCAUAUCUACAGGUGGAAAAGAUAUUUUUUUACACAUACUGCCACCAAAAUACACUAUAAAUAGCUGCAAUCUUAAUAUCGUUGACACUUGAUCAUUGUAUGUUUCGCUAUUUUGUUUUCCAACGCAAGACAGAAUUUAUACAGUGUUAAAACGCAAAGAUCGUAGUGCUUUGUCUGUGUUUGUUGUUUGCUAUUAUUGUAAUAUGUUGUAUUGUAAUAUUCAGUUAUAUGGGAAUGAUUAUUAAUUACAAUUGGCAUUUCCAACAUUCAACAGUAAAUUUCUUGGCUAUCUAUUAUUGAAAUAAAAGUGAUAUUUUUGCAUUUAA